AUGUCUCCACCAGCAUCAGAUCUGCUGACAGUAGUGGACCAGCAGAGCUCAGAGGUUCCCAGUGAUCCGUCUGCCCAGCAGACGCAUCAAAUAGAGAUGGACUCCAUAUUUGUGCUGCUGGAGGAAAACAUUGUCACUUUUGUGAAGAACGAGCUGAAGAAGAUCCAGAAGGUUCUGAGUCCAGAUUACCCAGAAUGCUCAAAGAGUCUGAGAGAUGAUGAUGAGGUGUUGAAAGGUGAUAAUGAAGAGCAGAGGAGGAGCAGCAGAGAGGCACUGAUGAAGAUCACACUGAACUUCCUGAGGAGGAUGAAGCAGGAGGAUCUGGCUGACCGUCUGCAGAAAAUUUUCACUGGAGUUUGUCAACGUCAACUUAAAUCUGGUCUGAAGAAGAAGUUCCAGUCUGUGUUUGAGGGGAUUGCUAAAGCAGGAAGUCCAACCCUUCUGAACCAGAUCUACACAGAGCUCUACAUCACAGAGGGAGGGACUGGAGAGGUCAAUGAUGAACAUGAGAGUCCAAACUGCAACCUGGAGACUCUCAGCGUGUCAGGCUGUUUGGUCUCAGAGGAAGGCUGUGCUUCUCUGGCCUCAGCUCUGACCUCCAACCCCUCCCAUCUGAAAGAGUUGGACCUGAGCUACAAUCAUCCAGGAGACUCGGGAGUGAAGCUGCUGUCGGCUGGACUGAAGGAUCCAGACUGGAGACUGGAGGCUCUCAGGGUGGAGCCUGCUGGAGGCCGAUUCUUGACACCAGGUCUGAGGAAGUAUUCCUGUCAACUCACCAUCGACACAAACACAGUGAGCAGAGAGCUCCAACUGUCUGAAGACAACAGGAAGGUGACACAUGUGAAGGAGCUUCAGUCAUAUCCUGAUCAUCCAGACAGAUUUGAUUAUCAUCCUCAGCUGCUGUGUAGAACUGGUCUGACUGGUCGCUGUUACUGGGAGGUCGAGUGGAGAGGAAGAGUUGAGCUAUCAGUGAGUUACAGAAGAAUCAGGAGGAAAGUAAACAGUGAAGACUGUUUGUUUGGAUUGAAUGAUUAUUCUUGGAGUUUAAUCUGCUCUGAUGAGUUUGGUUUCUUUGUCAGGCACUGUAACAUAGAAACUCCUCUCUCCUCCUCCGUCUCUAACAGAGUAGCAGUGUAUGUUGACGAUCCUGCUGGCAUUCUGUCUUUCUACAGAGUCUCCUCUGACUCACUGAUCCACCUCCACACCUUCAACACCACAUUCACCGAACCUCUGCUUCCUGGUUUUGGGUUCUGGUGGACCAGUUCUGGUUCUUCAAUGUUUCUGUGCUGAGUUGAUUCUAAACUCUCUCACUGUUGAACAGAUAUGUCAGUCUCUUCAUGUCUCUCUUUCACUCAAAAACACAUAGUCAGAUUCAUGGAUUAAUUCUGUUCCUUUGUGAAACUCUUCUAAAGUGAUUCCUAGGAAACUUUUCCCCCCUCAUAUCUUUCAAAGAUUGAAGCUUGGAUUAUUCUAGGAUUAUUCCAAGAUCCACCUCAUUGUCGUGAGUUGAGUCAGAAAGGCGCCCUGGAGCCUUUUUGGGAACAAUGGAGCCUCUCUCCUUGAAGUUCUUGAUGAUGCGAUAGAUUGUUGACUGAGGUGAAUCUUUCUAGCUGCUCUUCCCUGUUAGGCCAUUUUUGUGCAGUGCAAUGAUGACUGCACGUGUUUCUUUAGAGAUAACCAUGGUUCACAGAAGAGAAACAAUGAUGCCAAGCACCAGCCUCUUUUUAAAGUGUCCAGUGGUGUCAUUCUUACUUAAUCAUGACAGAUUGAUCUCCAGCCCUGUCCUCAUCAACACCCACACCUGUGUUAAUGGAGCAAUCACUGAAACGAUGUUAGCUGGUCCUUUUAAGGCAGGGCUGCAAUGAAGUUGAAAUGUGUUUUGGGGGAUAAAGUUAAUUUUCUAGAUGAAUAUUGACUUUGCAAUUAAUUGCUGUUAAGCUGAUCACUCUUUAUAACAUACUGGAGUAUAUGCAAAUUGCCAUUAUACAAACUGAAGCAGUAGACUUUGUAAAUAUUAACAUUUGAAUCAUUCUCAAAACCUUUGAGCAUGACUGCACAUAAACAAGAGGGUUUUUGUUUUUAUUUAUUUCCGGUCAUUUUAGACCUCUGUAGCAACAGCACCACAUGCUGACAAAAACAAGAAUUACAACCAGUCAGUGAAAUAAAAGCAAAACACGGUUUACAAAAUGCAUUUGACAUGUACCCAUUUCUCACCUGGUUACAUAAAGCAAGGUGAAGUUUUAAAACGAGUUGAGCCUAAAGAGUAAAGAGUUUCCUCCUGUCAGAGAAACUCCCUCACUGUUGAACAGAUAGUUCAGUCUCUCCAAUCUAUUUCUUGGUGAAACAAUUCAGAUUGAGUCCUUGGAAAUUUUUUCUUCUUCCAGUCCUUUAAAAAUGGAAGCUGGGAUUAUUCCAGGAUUAUUCCAAGAUCCACUUGUUUUUCUGUUUGUUUUCAGUCAAAGCCUCACAUUGAAUAUCAAGAUGUUGUUUCUCUUCCCCCCCCCCGCCCCCCCUUCAGUCAUCAGUUAGGUUUCAUUGAAAUGUUGAUCAGUUUUUCUGAACAUUUUCUGUUUCUGUCGGCUCAGAUAGACAGAGUUAGCUAUCUAUCUGCGCUAAGUUAGGAAAAUCUGAUGAGGUAGCAUUGAUAGACAGAACACCGGUGCCCUCUUUUGGGGGGAAAAAAACCCGGAGCUUCGCCCAGAGCUGAUCAUCCAAGCUCGCAGCGAUUCUCAGCACGUACGUCUUCUGCCGGUGUCUGAGCGCCAAAAGUUUUGGGCCAGUAAAACUUUCCAAGUGCUGCUUUUUCUCUAUGUGAGUCUCUAGAGGUUUAAUUAGUUUCACCCGUUUUUUUAAUUAUUUUCUUAAAACUUCUCUUUCAUUCCAGAUUUUGACUUUGAAAUGGUUGCAAUUUUUAUUUCAUUUGUAUCUUCAUUAAAAAUGUAUUAAAAAAAAAAUUAAAAAAUUCUUCUAAUUUUAUUAUAUGUUAAUUGUAUCAUGUGACUUCUGUUUCAUUAUUUUUGUGUACAGCUCUUUGGUCUUGUUGGAGUCUAAAGUUCUCUAGAACUAAAUCAUAAAUGGUAUCUCCAGAGCUGCAGAGUUUAGAUGCUGCAUGUUCAUUUCUGUUGUAAAAGAAAGACACAAACUGAAUAAAUACAUUACUUCUGGUGUUCCUCUUCAUGUUAUUCAGAACUCAUGUCACGUUUUUAGACCCAGUUCAGGGAAAAUAUCAACUGAACAAACUGAAGCAUGAAUGUAAAAAUGAUGAGCCAGGAAAUGAUUCUUUUGCAUUCAUUUAUUGAUUUAUUUUUCAUUUCUGAGGCACAGGAAGCUCCAUUAGGCGGUCAAGGUCAGGUGAGAAAAAACAGAACUAUUAAUUUACCCUAAUUAUACAAACCUGUUGUAUCUACAUUCAGAUAACUAAUGUAGAUACAACUAUGAAAUUGUUUCUGAGAAGGAA